AAAGAUGAUGACAUUGAAGAGGGGGAUCUUCCCGAACACAAAAGGCCUCCAGCACCAAUAGAUUUCUCAAAAAUUGAUCCUGGAAAGCCUGAGAGUGUCCUGAAGCUGACGAAAAAGGGGAAGACUCUGAUGAUGUUUGUCACGGUGUCAGGAAAUCCCACCGAAAAGGAGACGGAAGAAAUUACUAGCUUGUGGCAGGGCAGUCUCUUCAACGCAAACUAUGAUGUGCAAAGGUUUAUUGUUGGCUCAAAUCGUGCCAUCUUUAUGCUGCGCGAUGGCGGUUACGCCUGGGAGAUCAAAGACUUUCUGAUAAACCAAGAAAGGUGUGCGGAUGUUACUCUGGAAGGUCAGGUUUAUCCUGGCAAAGGAGCAGAAGAAAGUGAGAAGGUGAAAAACAAAACAAAACCUGAAAAAGCAAAGAAGAAAAAGGAUGCAGACAAGAAAGCUGAUAGCAUCAAAGAGGACAACCGAGCCACCAAACAGAGAGAGGAUCUAUGACGGACGCGUUAACCAGAGUGAACGCUGCUCUGCUGUUCCUUGAAGGGAAACUAAUUUUCCAUACAGGCUUUACUGGGGAGGGGGAAGGAAGGAAGCGGAGAUUACUGAGGUUGAAAGACUUCUAUGUUGAAAUGCACCAGUUUACUUAUUAAUAUUGGCCAUUUGUUUAGUUACAG